CCUCCCAUACGAAGUUCUGUCAAAAACCUCAAGACCUCCAGUAAUUCUUCCCAUAAGUUUCGUGAUAAAGCAGUUGAUGAUUUGGUAGCAGUGACCAUCAUGGGAGAUGCAGCAAUUUUGCAGUUUGCUCCCUUUAGUUCAGCCGUUGAUGCAGGAUUCUGGCACAAGUUUACUCAAUUAAAGUUAGAUGUGAUUCACUUGAGCAAAGAUCCCAUACCAGUCACGGGAAAUUAUGUCAACAGUGAUGCUGCAGGGCUACCGACACGACUUAGUGUGGAAUAUGAUGCUCUGGAGAGCAACCAGCCAGUACCUCACCUUUCAUUCCAAGCUGUUGGGACACUCAUCAACACAAACACGGUGGAAGAGUUCCGAAGCUGUGACAAAAUGGAGCUCCUGAAGUCAGCUGGAGCUUCUCUCUGGGAGGCCUUGACCUCAGAUCUAGCACUGGAGAACCCUUCUCUCUUGGCCUCCUUCCUCAUGUUUACUUUUGCUGACCUGAAAAAAUAUCAUUACUAUUACUGGUUUGCAUUCCCAGCCUUCACACUUCCAAAGACUGUUCCACUAGUCCAACAGCCCCAGCCCAUUACGUCACAGCUCACUGAAGACGAGAUUGCUUCACUGCUGGCAGCAUACAGUGCCAGAGAGACUGAUAAGAGCUCUGGAUUUUUCACCAUAAGGAAAAGGAGCAAAGAUUGGACUAUCCAUCCACUGAAGGAGUACCCAGUUCUACGAGCUGCAGCAUCUACUGAUGCAGAAGUGUUCCUGGGAUUUUGUGAUCCAUGCACCCUGCCUCAGAAUCCUGGAUGGCCCUUGCGAAAUCUUCUCACACUGGUUUUACUGAAAUGGUCAAAACAGUGGCCCGUCAACAAGAUCCUGUGCUUAAGAAUAAGAACAAGAAGUGGAGUUCAAGAUGCUAGUCACAGUAUAUUCAUUGAGGUUGACUUGGGAGGCAUUCUGGAUCAGAGCAGUAAUCUUGAGAUGCCUUCAUGUCUCGGAUGGGAAAAGAACGAAAGAGGAAAAAUGGGUCCUCGCAUGGUCAACCUUUCUUCCACAAUGGAUCCUACAAGAUUAGCUGAAUCAGCAGUAGACUUGAACCUAAAGUUGAUGAGGUGGAGAGUAGCCCCACAACUCAAUCUUCCAGUUAUACAAGGCACUCGCUGUUUACUCUUGGGAGCAGGUACUCUUGGCUGUGGCGUUGCACGUUGCCUCUUGGGUUGGGGUAUUCGCAACAUAACUUUCGUAGACAGUGGGAAGGUGUCCUUUAGCAAUCCCGUCCGCCAGAGUCUGUUUGUCUUUGACUCCUGUUUGAAUGGAGGAGAGACCAAAGCUACAGCAGCUGCCAAAGCCCUAAAGGACAUUUUCCCAAGAGUUAAUUCCAAUGGCAUAGUACUGAACAUUCCAAUGCCUGGACACACUGUCAGUGAUAGUCUGAUAGAUCAAGUCAGAAAAGAUGUGGAAACAUUAGAACAACUUGUAGAAGAACAUGAUGCCAUCUUUCUUCUUAUGGACUCGAGGGAAAGCAGAUGGCUUCCUUCCAUGCUGGGCUCAGCAAAGAGCAAGCUGGUCUUCACUGCAGCACUUGGCUUUGACUCUUACUUGGUCAUGCGUCAUGGAUUCCGACAAAGUGCAGAUGGAGCUGACGCUGCCUCUUGUAGCACCUCUGACCAACAGGGUGCAACGGCAGGUGCUGUUCCUGGAGCCCCCAUUCCUGGGAACCUAUUAGGAUGCUACUUCUGCAAUGAUGUUGUUGCACCUGGAGAUUCAACACGAGAUCGUACCUUAGAUCAGCAGUGCACUGUCACUCGUCCAGGUGUGUCUUACCUGGCUGCUGCCCAUGUUACUGAACUAAUGGUGUCAAUUUUGCAACAUCCAGACAGAGGAUUAGCAGAGGCAGGUAUCAGCAGUCAGCAGGAUGUGAAGGAAGGUGUAUUGGGACCAGUGCCUCACUCUUUGCGUGGAUUUUUGGGACAACACCAACAACUUACUCCUGCAACAGCUGCAUUCAAACAGUGUCCAGCAUGUUCUGACAAGGUGGUUUCAGCUUAUAGAAAAGAGGGCUUUGAAUUUCUCCUUAAGGUCUUCAAUACUCCAUCAUACCUGGAAGACAUCACAGGACUCAGUGCUCUCCAGCAGUGCACAGAUGACUCGCAGAUCUGGGAGCUGAGUGACAGUGAGGAGGAGAUGGAGUAACAAAACAAGGUUAAGUAAUUUAGUAACACAAAAUUUAGCAUUAUGUGUUGGUGUUAUUUAUUCUGAAGGAAAGAUUUAUAGUUAAUCUUGGGGUAAAAUGGAACAAAUAAGAUGAUUUGGGAUGAUGGAUAACUAGGUGUGUAAUGAUUUGUUAACAGAAACAGAUGAUAUUCAUAUUUGUGUCUCUUGUUGAAGUAAAUAGUUUCCAUGCUCUGGUUGAUAUAAUAUUCUUAUAAUAAAAUUGGAUACAUGGUAAUGAUAGAUAUGCAUUUCAAUGCCUGAGCUCAUCACAAAUAUGUUUAUACAAUAGCAGGUAAUAGUUACCUGAGUAUUUGCUAGCAUUUCAUCUUUGCUACAUAUUUUUUACAACAGCUUGUCCUUGCAUAAGAAUGGCCUUUGAAAAUAUGCAUAAUGAGCCUUAAAGUUCUAGGUGAAAGGAAGUGUAUUCCCACACACACACACACACACACACACAAACACAUAUGCCUUAUUAUUCUUACACACACACAGGUGAUUAUGAUAUAUAAAGAUGUAUGAGCAUACCUUUGACUAUUACAUAGUCAGUGGUAGGUAUGAAAUGGUCUGAGAAUUCUUAAUGAUUGUAUUUAUGUAAAAAUUUGGAACAGUGAUAUUGGGUUUGCUUUGUUUUCUAUGUGUUGGACUGUUUGCAAAAUUACAAGAUUAUUUGUUAAUGUGUAAUUUUGAGUGAUUGUUUCUGAAUAAAAUGUUUAUGUAACCAA